AUGGUCUCCCAUCCCCAGCAAUCACAAAACCGACUCCAGAUCCCAGCUCCCAACUUUCCCCUCUCCUCGCCCAUCACAGAGGAAGUCCCCAGUCCUACGUCGACUGCCUCCGAUGACCGGGAGCUGGAGAGGACCCGUCCCUUUGAGUUCCUGGCAAAGAUGACCGCUCAGGACUCGCUCAGCAGCAGGACACACCCUCCCUACCCUGUCGAUGAACCCCGACAGGACGAACGCAAUCCCUCGUCCGGCGCAAACCCCACCAAGAGAGCCGAAAGACCUGUCGGGCUGAACCUGGUCACCGACUUCUCGCGUCCAACACCGCAGCCCCGUCCGGACGCCCCGUUUGUGGACCUCAACGAUCUCAAGGUGCUCUCCAAGGUGCGCGAGAAGGAGAGAUCUGCACAGACUCUCAAGGGUAUCCUGAAGAAAGGCCCUUCACACGGGUUCCAGCGACUCCCCGACGACCCGGACGAGGUAGUCAACAAGAAGCGAGCGUCAUGGUUUGACGUGAAAUCGAAGAUCUCGCCCCGGCGCAACAAAUACAAGGACGAUCUGUCCCCGUCAGACCGGCCCAUCAUGAUCGGCUUCAGCAUGCCGCGCGACGACGAAACCCCUCCCCACCAACACCAGGCGCAGUCACACAAAGACAGGUCCAAGGAGCUCGACAGCGCCGGCAGCCAGCCCACCCCGCUGACUCCCUCCAUCAUCGUCACGCCCGCCCGCGAUGACAACUUCUGGCCCGACUUCAGCCAGAUCCACCACCACCCGCGCGCAACCUCCAGCAUCUACUCCCAACCCACGCCGCUCCUGGAAUCCCGCGAAAGCGGCAUCCCCCCGGUUCCUGCCAUCCCCGCGCAGCAUGCCGCAGCCAAGAACGAGAUCCUCAGCCCGGCCACGCCGAACCGGCAGUCCGCGCUGUCCACACGCAAGCUGCGUGCAUACUCGACGGGCACGGUCUUCGAGGAAGACGAGCACUGGCGGCCCGCCACGCGGAGCCGGUCGUAUUCGAGCGAGAGCGCGAAGCGGGCGUUCGACCGGCUCAGUGCGCUGGGGACCCGCGGCGGCGGGCGGCUGAGCGUGGUGUCCGACUCCAACCGGCCCGUGUCGCAGGGGUGGUGGACGUAUCUCCUCUCGCCGCUGCUGGACCGCUCCAACACGUUCUCCAGCCGGAAGACGCCGACGGAAGCGACGCGGCCGCCGCUGCCGACCCCCACGACCCAGCACUCCGGCCUGUCUGACGAGUGGUGGGAGAAGGAGGUGUCGUGUUUCUCGCCGGAUACGCCCGAGACGGCGGCGCCGCGCGGCGAGGUCGCCAGCUGGCAGAAUGAGACGAAUCCGUUCGCGGAUGAGAAGCGUGGUUUGGAGGGUGAGACGGGGAGUCCGGCGGAGGCGGGGCCGAUGUCGUUUGUUUUUAUGGGCAAGACGAUCCAGGGCUGCGCAGCGGAGUACUACCAGGCCUGCGCGCAUGAGCUGUUUAGCAAGACGCCAUAUUUCGAGUGCGUCAAUCACGUCUGCUCGAUCACGCCGAAGGACGUAGCCCGUGCGCAGUCUGGUGUGCUCGUGGCGGGUGACGCUGAUGCGCAGGGGAGUAGAGGCAUACUUGUUGAUGUGGAUGAUCCUCCGGAGAGUGAAAAUAGAGGCAUAUCAGACGCGGACUCCGUGACAGGGUCUCGUGGGAUGUCUGGAGGAGCGCCAUCUACUAAAGCCCCAGAGAGCCCAGUGGGAACCCCAAAAGAUAGUGACAGCAAGAGAAGCACGGGGGCGGGUGUGAAAGAAGCACCAGCACCAGCACCAGCACCAGCGGACGACACAGUUGACGAUAGAGGAGAUUGGGAAAAGUCACCGCCAGCACAGCCGGCAAGUGAGAAACAGGCACCAUUUCCGUUCAUACUUCCCAAUGGCGCCCCUCCCGGCACACAGGUAUACGUGCAGUCUGCGCCAGCUCCAUCGGCGCCUGUCGUCGGCACCGAGCGCUCAGUCCCUCAUUAUAUUGUGGUGCAACCACCGAACUACACUGCGCCGGCCCAAGCUGCCCUCCCGACCUCGCCUGGACUGCAACGAGCAACAGAGCAGGGGGGAUCGAUUCCACUGGACGACAUACAGGGCGGUCCAGUUCCCGCGUACACAUAUGAGCCGAACGAUGGCGUACUUCCGCCUCGCAUGGGGCCGCUUCCCAUCACGCGAGAAGCCAUGACGCACCCGGUGACCGAGAGAGAGCGCAUCGAGACACGAAGGAGGAGACUGGAGAAGGAAGACCGCAUAGGCAGGAAGGCCGGCGGGCUGUGGCGUGGGAGGGGUUGUUUCAGCAACAAGGGCUGUUUUGGACGGCCCGGCCGCGAGGGACGCCUGCGACGGCGGUGGUACGUCGCCAUUGCCGCGUUCUUCCUGGCCAUUGUGGUGGUCGCGGUAGUCCUGGCCAUCCUGCUCACGAGACGGGGAGACAACACGCCGGUCGAGUCGCAAUGGCUCAACCUCACGGGCUACCCACCCAUGCCGACAGGCAUUUCAACCAUUGCCGGUCCUGAAGCAAAAGUGCAGAACUCUGGUUGCAUCACUCCAUCCACGCUCUGGAGUUGCGCGCUUCCACAGGAGCAGCAUUCGGCCAACCAGCCGUACGCUGCGAACCAGCCCAACUUCCGCGUGGAGAUCCGGUUCCAGAACGGCACGUAUCCCAACAGCACCGCCGUUGCGUCAAAGACGGUCACGUCGCGCGGCGUGGGCGAGCUGUUCAAUCCCUCGCCGGCGGCGCCCGAUCUACAAGACCAGGAGUUCCUGGGCAACACAACCGACAACAACACGACGCCGUACGCAGGCGAGGUGACGCCCUUCUUCAUGACGAUGCUUUCCCCCGUGAAAGUGUCCAGCUUAACCCGCCGCUCCGACAGCAACAACUUUCCCGACAUCGGGUCCCUCAUCCCCAGCCCAGCCCAUGCCUCAGACGGCACCGCAGCGGCAGCGACCCUCUACCCACUUCCCGAGUCCCAGCCGGUGCGCCUCUACAACCGCGGCCUCGCCACCGAGCACUACGGGUUCUACACAUACUUCGACCGGUCCAUCUUCCUGGAGUCGCGAGCCCCGCUGGACGGCGGCAGCACGGACGACUCCAAAAGCGACGCGAUGGGCGGACCCAGCAAGGCGAACGCGCAGGUUCGCUGCACCUGGGCGCAGACGCGGUUCCUCGUUCAGAUCUGGACGCGGCCCGCGCAGGCGGGCAUGGCCCUGCUGGCCGCGCCGACCCCGACGACCACUGCGCAGGCGACCUCCACCGCGGGAUCGCGCAACGCGACCUCGUCGGCGACGGAUUUCGUCCGCCCCGGAUCCUUCCCGUAUCCGGUCACCAUCACGCUGGACCGGCACGGCGGCGUCGCCAAGGAGAAGAUGGUGUACUGCUACGGCAUGGAGACGGCGCAGCGCAUCAACGCGACGGAGAAGAAACUGCAGAUCGAGGACCGCGGGUUUGGUGGGGUGUUGGUCAACCCGGCGCCGGGGAUCUUCAAUCUUACCGGCAGCGAUGCGGAUGCGAAGGGAAGUUGGGGAGGCGUCGAUGGCGGGACCGGCGGGAGAAUGCCCCAACUCACCGACCACACCAUCUCCCUCCUCCGCCUCGGCCACGGCGCCCAAACCCACGUCCGCCGCGCCUGGGAGGGCUUCGUCAACUUCGCCGCGCGCGACAACGUCCUCGAAGUCGCCUUGGGAUUGAUGUAUCUCCCUCCCCUUCCUAGCCUCCCUCCCCUACCCCCAGUCCCUCUAACACAGUGUAGUAUAGCCCAAGCCUUCACCAAGGUCGUCACCUCCUUCGUCUCGGACAUCAUCCUCCCCAUCAUCUCGCUCCUCCCCUUCCUCAAUCGCAACAUGGACCAGAAGUUCGCCGUGCUAAUGGCCGGGCCGCGGUACGUCGAGGGCGAGGGGUACAACACGCUGACGCAGGCGCGCGACGAUGGUGCCUUGGUUCUGGCCUAUGGGGUGUUUCUGGAAACGGUGCUGAGCUUUCUCGGGGUCAGCGUGACGCUGUACGCGGUGGCAAAGUUGUACAUGUAUAUCUCGCAUGAUGCGAUUAUCAAGCCGACGGUGCAUUGCCGGUAUUGCAAGAAGUUUAUCAGUGAUCAGGCGGUGCUGAUGGUUAGGCGCAACGAUUCCUUAGGCUACUCGGGCUAA